ACUUUUUAGACGAUCCCUUAACUGUGAAGUGACUGUAUGCUGUUCUCUUGUUUUCUCGAGUGAGUGAAAAUGUGGCGAUGAUCACGGUGGGAUAUUUAGGCCGAGAGGAAUCUUAGAAGAAAACUCGAAUAUUCAGCGAAUGGCCAGUACUAUAACCGGUUGUGCCUGAGUGAUAAAGCUCAUGGGCCAGACGAACUUUCACCCCGAGUUUAUCGCGUUGGCAGCUUAAAAGCCACGAGCAAAACCAGCCGAAAGUUCAGCAGAGGGUUACAGUCUGCAGCUGGUCCACAAACCGAGCGGCUCCUUCAGCGAUGUGUGAGGAAAAGUGUGAUGUGGUGGUGGUGGGCGCAGGACUGUCAGGUCUCAGUGCAGCUCAACUACUCAAGAAGAGAAACGACAAGCUGAAAGUGCUGGUUUUGGAGGCCAAAGGCCGUGUAGGGGGGCGAACCUUAGCUCAGCAGUUGCCAGCAGCCCACGGCGUUGACACCUGGGACAUGGGAGGGCAGUGGGUGGGCAGUUCACAGAUCCAUGUUAUGGAGCUUAUAAAGGAGCUUGGCUUGGAGGUUUACCCACAAUUCACAGAGGGCAAGAAGGUUCACCACAUGGGUGGCGCAAAUGCUAAGAUCAGCACCUACACCUCCAGCAUCCCCUCCUUUUCCCCGCUGGUCUUGCUGGACUUUGUCCAGUUCCUCUGGAGGAUUGAGCGUCUAUGUAAGACCAUGCCUGUGGAGGAGCCCAUGAAAAUGCCCAAUGCCCAGCAGCUGGACAGCAUGACCCUUCAAUCCUACAUGGACCAGCACAUCUGGACAAGAGAGCUAAUGGAGGAGUUAGGCCUGUGCACCCUCUCUGUAUUUGGAAUGGAGCCUUCCCAGCUCUCCUUUCUCUAUUUCCUCAUGUACUCGGCUGCAGCGGGGGGCGUCAUGCAGCUGCUGGAGACAACGCCGGGGUCCGCGCAGGAGUUCAGGGUCAAGGGGGGCACUCAGCAGCUGUCUGAGAGGCUGGCGGAGCAACUCGGGAAGGAGAAUGUGCGUUUGGGGUCUGCUGUGACAGCUAUAUGGCAGCGUGAAGACAGUGUGGAAGUGAGGACCGCUGUCAGUGCGAUCACCUGCAAGGCCGUCAUCGUUACAUGCCCCCCUCAUAUGGCAGCUCUGAUCCACUACCAGCCUGCUCUUCCACUGGAGCGCCAGCGCCUUACCCAGUGCAUGCCUGUGGGUCACAUGACCAAGUUCAUCAUUACCUAUCCCACUGCAUUUUGGAAGCAGAAGGGCUUCGGGGAGAUCGUGGCGCGACCCUCUGAGGACUGCCCUUUUGGGGUCACCUUCGAUGCCACGAGCCCAAGAGGGAGUCCCGCACUGGUGGGGUUCAUUGCCGGAGUGCAGGCGUGCUACUGGAACAGCCGAGAGAUGGAGGAGAGGAGAGAUGCUGUCGUUGCUAGCUUGGUGAAGUACCUAGACCCAGAGGCAGCCUCCUACGUCCACUACGAGGAGAAAGACUGGUCCAAAGAUGAGUACAGCGGAGGAUGUCCUGUCAAUGUCAUGGUUCCAGGCAUGCUAACGUACUAUCAUCCCGGCCUUCGAAAGCCUUGUGGCAGGAUCCACUGGGCUGGAACUGAGACAGCUACCCAGUAGUGUGGCUAUCUCAGCGGGGCCGUCCAGGCUGGCCAUCCAGCUCUGGAGGUCCUGGCAGAGGUCUGUCCAUCUGCACUGUCUAAGGAAGAACUCCAGAAAAUGAGACCAGAGGUUACAAGGGCACCGUCACACUUGAUCAAGGUUUGGAACCGCAGGUCCACCUCCUCCCGCCUCCUCUUUGGCCUGGCUGUGACCACGCUCACCGCUGGGGCUGCCUUGUUCUAGGCCAUGCCUGAAUUAGGCCGCAGUUGGAUCAACCGGGCAUUGGUCCUAUUUCAGAGGCAGCACUGAGCUUCGCAGCUUCGGAGUACCCAAAGGCAUUUUUUUUUGUUUCCCCAGAACGACUCAUUACCAUUAAACAGAUAUCGAUUUUCUAAUCUAGGCAAAGGAUAACAUCAGCUAUCAGCAUAUUCCCUUAUCUCCUUUUAAGAAACGAUUCCUAAAAGAAUUGCGUUAAUAAUAAACUUGGAUUUUAACUUUA